AUGGACAACCCCAUCCUGAGUCAGCUGUUCCGACAGCUGUUUCGACAUCCUGCAUGUCAGUCCUUUCGAGCGUCGUCACGACUGCCGACUCGCCGAGCAAACUGUGUCCCACUGCCUGGCCCAUCUCGUCAACAAUGUCGCUCUUUUCUCACGCGACGGUCGCCGGCUAAACGCAAGAGUACGGAUGAUGGGAUGCAUUGGCUCAAGCGCGGGGACUAUCCCAAAGACAUCGAGGAGGAAUUGAAAACAUAUCCGCUUGUCACGGCGAAGGAUUUGCGGAACCGUCGUGAGCGCCCGCGGCAAGUGAAAAUGUUGACACGAGAAUUCAUUGAUGAUAGCUUAUACAAUCCUCAUUAUGGCUAUUUCUCGAAGCACGCGACCAUCUUCAGUCCGGGAGAGCCGUUCGAGUUCAACAAUAUCGAAGACGGACCCGCUUUUCAUCGAAUGCUAGGAGAACGGUAUACAGAAUUUGAGGACAAAUUGGAUGAGACAAAACCGGACAUUGCUCGUCAGCUAUGGCACACUCCCACGGAACUGUUCCGACCAUAUUACGGGGAGACAAUCGCUCGAUACUUGGUGUCAAAUUACAAGCUGACAUUGUACCCCUAUCAUGAUCUAAUCAUAUACGAGAUGGGAGCCGGAAACGGUACAAUGAUGAUCAAUAUCCUGGACUUCAUCCGCGACACAGAUUACGAGGUUUACCAGCGAACCAAGUUCAAGAUCAUCGAGAUUUCGCCCGCGCUUGCGAGCCUGCAGAUGAAGAACCUGACAGACUCCAUCAAUGCUGCAGGCCAUAUGGACCAUGUCGAGAUCAUCAAUCGAUCCAUUUUUGACUGGGACACCUAUGUGCAUUCGCCAUGCUUUUUCCUCGCAUUGGAGGUGUUCGAUAACUUUUCCCACGAUGCGAUUCGAUACGACACUAAGACGGAGCUUCCUCAGCAGGGUAGCAUUCUGAUCGAUGCGGAUGGCGAAUUCCACGAAUACUACAAUCCUCAAAUUGAUCCCGUGGCCUCUCGGUUCUUGCGCGUCAGACAAGCUGCGGCCCGUCGACCGUUCCCCAGUCCGUUAGGACCCAAGCUUAUGCGCCAAGUCCGUGGUUCUUUGCCAUUCCAGAGCCAAUACACCAUGCCAGAGUAUAUUCCAACUCGGCUGAUGCAAUUCUUCGAUAUUCUGGACAGCUACUUCCCGGCCCACCGGUUGAUAGCCAGUGACUUUAGUAGUCUCCCGGAUGCUGUUCCUGGAAUUAACGCGCCUGUGGUGCAGACCCGCUACAAGAGACGGACUGUGCCUGUGUCAACCCCAUUCGUGCACCAGGGAUAUUUCGAUAUCUUCUUCCCCACCGACUUCAACGUCACUGAGGACCUCUACCGCGCCAUUACUGGCAAGCUGACGCAGGUGAUGAGCCAUGAAGACUUCGUUCGGCGGUGGGCAUAUAUUGAGGAUACCGAGACGAGGAGUGGCGAGAACCCGCUAUUGAGCUGGUAUAAGAACGCCAGCAUGUUGAUGACAGUUUGA